AUGAACGCCUUCUCUAUCUCCGCUUCCUCUUAUACUCACUCCUCUUUUCCCAAUUCACAUUCAUCAUCAUCAUCAUCAUCAUCAUCAUCAUAUCCACAACAACAACAUGCACUGCCGCAAAAUCGGAAAAUUCAGAUUCUCUGCAACCACGGACCUAUCUUGAGGAAGCUUACACUGUUUAAUUUGAAUUCCAGAACGAGGUCAAAUUUCAUAUGUGCAGCCAACCGGGAAGCAGAAGAAGCUUUUAAGAAAACUGUUGAGCUUGAUAAACUCAUUGAUAUGCUUAGAGAAGCUAAUCCUCGUGAACUUCAGAAACUCGUUGUUGAAAACAUUCUCGCUUUUAAUCCAGGCUUCUGGAUACGACUCGCUGCAAGAUCGGAUACUUGUAAAUCCGAGGAUGAUAAAAAAGAUUAUGAAGAAUUGGCAACAACGGUUAUGAGUGUGGUGGAUCUCGUGGUUCAUAAGACUAAGGAAAGGAUAGAGUCUGCAACAGAUGUCUUGAAGGGAAUUCUAAAACCUGUUCUUAAUGAUGAAGGAGAGAUUUCUUGGCCUCCCCGAGAUCCUCAGGCACUCAAAUUGAUGGAAAUGGAAAUAAAUCAAAGGGGCCAAGUAGGACAGCUGGAUGAAGGGUUCCUUGCCGAAGUUAGUGCACAACUAAGACAGGCAAAGGAAGAUGGUGAUAAGCCUGGGCUUGAGGCUAUGUUGCAAAAGGUUUUGCAGCUGUACGCUUCCAACUCUCUCUCAAAACGUAGUUAUGCCAUGAAAGGGGAGGAAGUUUUGAAGGAUGAGCAAUUCCUUGAAACCAUAAUCCAAGCUCCUGAACGAGAAUGGAACGGUAUUUUGAUCAACGGAUUAACAAUUGGUGCUGGGGAUGUUUCACCAGAGGAGCUCUAUGCUGUCUUGAAGAAACGAAUGGAGCGCACUUUAAUUAGAACUGAGGGAGGUUCUUACCAACAACGGAUUCUGACAGAGUACCUGAAAGGCAUUGAAACUAGAGCACAUGAGAUUGUUCAAGUGCUUCAGAGCCAGAGGAAACCACAAUAG